AUGCCCCUCAAAAACUACGCCCCCUCAACCACCAUGCCCCUCAAAAACUACGCCCCCUCAACCACCAUGCCCCUCAAAAACUACGCCCCCUCAACCACUACGCCCCCUCAACCAAUACGCCCCUCACCACCACGCCCCAUCAAUUACCACGUCUCAGCAGCUGCUCCUCGGAACGGGUCUACCUACCGUCUUCCAGCAGGACGCGCUGGAGCG